UCCUUCACUACUGAGGAUUGGCUUUUGGUUUCUCUUGAUUUUUGAUUUCGGUUCUUCAGAAACAGCUCAAACUCUCUCGCUGAAUUUGGGUUUAUAAUUUCUGCUGAGAAAUAGAUGGAGCUCAUCAUUCUCUCCGUGCCCAACUGUUGAAUCUGUGCCAACCUCUCAUCACCGCCAAAAGCAAACAUUCGAACGCCGUCACACGAGGCUGCCACCAUAGCCACGAAGCAUGCUGCUGCUGGCAAUUUCAUUCUCUGAUUUUUCAAGAAUUUAUUUGCUUGCUUGUGAGAAAUACGGAAAGGAGAGAAAAACGACAUGUCGUCACAAUGAUCUUAACAGAGAGCAGAGAAGGCUGUGUCUGUGCGACGAAAAUCCAGACGAAGAAGAAUAGAUUUCAAAGCCAUGCAAAGCAAUGCACGAACCUUUUUUCAAUCCCAUGCCUACCAUCGGCUCCUGCUCGUCGUUAGCUUCACCCAAUAGCUUGCCCAGUUCGUUUUUAGCCUCAAUCGCGACUUUGCUCAAAGCCUGUAAAACCCAAUACCAUCUACAACAAGUUCAUGCACAGAUUAUACACAAGGGAUUAGAGCAAGACUGCUUCCUUAUAACCCAGUUCAUUUGCCUCUCCAACACUCUCUCUUCCCUCUCUUACUCCACCGCCAUCUUCGACAGUGUUCACAGUCCCAGUACGUUUCUCUGGAACACUUUGAUCAAAGGGUACUGCGAAAGGUCGAGUUUUGCCGAUACUGUUGGCCUCUUUGUUCGGAUGAAGAGAGAGGAGGGUGUUCCCGAUAGGUAUACGUACCCGUCUCUCGUUAAGGCCUGUGCGAGUGAGGCGAAGGUCUGGGAAGGCAGGGCAAUACAUGGGUCGGCUGUGAGGUGUGGGGUUGAUGGGGAUGUGUUCGUGAGCACCAGUUUGAUUGACUUGUAUGGAAAAUGUAGGGAGAUUUUGUGCGCUCGCAAGGUGUUUGAUGGAAUGUCUGAGAGAAAUGUAGUUUCUUGGACAGCUAUGGUUGUUGGGUAUGCGAGUGUUGGGGACUUGGAUGAGGCCCACGGGCUGUUUGAUCAGAUGCCGCAGAGAAAUGUGGUGUCGUGGAAUGUGAUAAUCAGUGGGUUUGUGAAAUUGGGUGAUUUGACAAAUGCUAGGAGGAUCUUUGAUCAGAUGCCUGAGAAGAAUGUGGUUUCUUUUACUACGAUGGUUGAUGGAUAUGCCAAGUACGGAGAUAUGGCGUCUGCAAGGUUUUUGUUUGACCAAGCCCCUAACAAAGAUAUUGUUGCGUGGUCGGCAUUGAUAUCUGGGUAUGCACAAAAUGGUCAACCCAACGAGGCUUUGAAGAUAUUUCUUGAAAUGAGUACGAGUAAUGUUAAGCCUGAUGAGUUUAUAAUGGUGAGCUUGAUGUCAGCUUGUUCCCAAGUGGGUUGCUUGCAAGUGGCCAAAUGGGUUGAUUCUUACCUGAGCCAGAGCUCAAUUGAUGUUCGUCAGGAUCAUGUUAUUGCGGCUCUAAUUGACAUGAAUGCAAAGUGUGGUAAUAUGGAAAGAGCAACAAGUUUGUUCGAAGCGAUGCCUAAACAGGACAUGAUUUCAUAUUGUUCUAUGAUACAAGGGUUGUCGGUUCAUGGUCGAGGGUAUCAAGCUGUUGCCCUCUUCAAUAAGAUGUUAAAUGAAGGUUUGGCUCCGGAUGAGGUUGCUUUUACAGUCAUCCUUACAGCCUGUAGCCGGGCAGGGCUCGUUGAGCAGGGUUGGCACUUCUUUGAAUCAAUGAGACGUAAGUACCAUUUGACUCCCUCUCCUGAUCAUUAUGCAUGUAUGGUUGAUCUUCUUAGCCGGUUGGGACGGUUAAAUGCAGCUUAUGACCUUCUAAAAUCAAUGCCUAUGGAGCCUCAUGCUGGUGCUUGGGGUGCACUCCUUGGAGCCUGUAAGCUAAAUGGCAAUAUAGAGUUAGGUGAAUUGGUUGCUAAUCGACUUUUUGAGAUUGAACCCCUAAAUCCUGGUAAUUAUGUGCUAUUGUCCAACAUUUAUGCGGCAGCGGACCGCUGGUUUGAUGUUUCUGCUGUGAGGGACAAAAUGGAAGAGCAGGGAAUUAAAAAGAUAAGCGGUUGCAGUUGGAUUAGUUCAAAAGGCUGAGCUUCUUGCUAACUCUCUUAAUGCAAUGCAUGGAGUUUAUGCAGAUGACAGACAAUGUUCCCUGACGUCUACAUUAUGGAGUUGGAGUUUGAUUAACAAAUUUUAGUUGUGACUCCUAGCUUAUUGGUGCUUAAGGAACCAAGCUUUUGACCCUGCCUUUGACGUCGCUCCUACAGAUGCAAUUUCAUGCGUUUCAACAAUGCAUGAAGGCAUUCUGGUAGCUGAAAGUCUAACUUAUCACCUCAAGUAAGAGAAUGGCAACUUGAAUGUUGCUCUUUUGAAAUCCUCAUACUUGGAGAUGUGUAACCCAACGCUUAUAUAACAUGGACUUAUCACAUGGGGAUCCAAAUGUGCUUGAUCUUUGCACCUGAAAUAUGUCAAAUUAAACUGAUUCAAUGAAGCUUUUUCGUUGGUUCCUGCAGCAAACAGUUUUGGCUGCCCAA